AUGGUAGACACAAAGAUAACUGAUGUAAAGACAAUUAAUACAUCUGAUGAUACAAAAAAUAACACUUUUACAUUUAAAUAUGAUCCGACUAUUAGUUUGGAGGGAACAUUUGCUCGGAUGAAUGAAACACUAAAAACUAAAAAAGCUUGUUUACAAAAAGACUGCACUAUUGCGAAUAGUAUUGAAGCUGUUUACCGCAGUAUGAGUAAAAGUCGAUUAGAACUAUUUCAAUGUUUAGUAAACAAACGCCCCACUUCUCUUUAUCAAUUAGCUCAAUUACUCCACCCGGGAACCGGAGUAAUUGAAUUACAAGAAGAAAAAAAGAAAAUUCGCCCAAUACCACUCUACGAAAGAAUAGUUUUUGAUUUUAGUUUACUCAGGGAUAAAAGGAUUAUAAAGAAAAUAUUACAAGCAGGCAAAAAUAGAUAUAUGAACCAAACUAACUUGCGAGAAAUAGUCAUUAAAGACAAGAGCGAUAGACUUAUGCCUCUUCGGCUAGGAAAAUUACCUACUAACCCUAACUGUCAUAAUGAAGACUGUUGUGAGGAAACUCUUAUACACGAAUUCAAGAAGGGUAAUACUUUACUAGAAUUACAAAA